UUGUACAGUUGGAACUUGACGUUUUCUCAUAAUAAUUUCGAUUAAAAAAUAAAGUAUGUAAAUGGUUCAGUAAUAAGUGUGGUGUAAAAAGAGACGGAAAAAAUGGGGUUACCCGGAAAUGGUAUAUUCGUGGUGCGUGGGGAAAUGUCGAACUUGAUGACGGCGAUGCGAAGGAGCUCGCGUUGGACUUCGCAUUCGCACCAAGACGAAAAUUUGGACCCUCUCAUGAAAUCGUUGCAAGAUCUAAAAACGUUAUUGAACAGCGUUGAGGAUUUGCGCCAAAUUGAGCCUAUAAUUUUUUUAAAUCCUUUUUUAGAUGUGAUUAAAUCAGAAGAUACAACCGGUCCUGUUACAAACUUAGCCCUUUCGGCGGUAAAUAAAUUUUUAUCAUACAGCUUAUUAGAUCCAUCUCAUGCCAACAUUUUAUCAACAAUAAAAAGCAUAGCUGAUUCAAUAACUCGAGCGAGAUUCGUUGGAACAGAUCAAUCAUCAGAUAGCAUUGUUUUAAUGAAAAUCCUACAAGUUCUAAGAACACUAACUUUAUCCCCAGAAGGGGCUUCAUUAACCAACGAAAAUAUAUGCGCCAUUAUGUUGAGUUGUUUCAAAAUAUGUUUCGAAACACGAUUAGGAGAAUUAUUAAGAAAAACCGCCGAAUUAUACUUAAAAGACAUGGUUCAACUCGUUUUUAUGCGAUUACCCCAAUUCCCCGACGUGUAUUCAGGGGGCACAAAGUUUCGAAUGCGACCAGGAGCCGUCGAAGCUACCAGAACUAAACGAAAAUCAAGAAAUUCGUUUCGUGGUAAAAAUAAAGUUGAAAAUAAACAAGAUAAAAGUCAAGAAGAUGAUAAAUUAAUUCCUAAACCAAAUUUAACCUCAAUUUCUCCAAAUGAAUCACAAAGUAUUCAAAAUAUUGUAGAUAUGCAAGGUUCAAUUUCUCAAGAAAAUUCUAAUCAAGAAAAUAUUAAUCAAGAGAAUACAAAUUUAUUUCAAGAAAAUAUGGAAAAAGAGAAAGAUGAGGAAUUGAAAAAUGAAGAAUCACUUCAUGAAUCAAUAAAUAAUGAUGAUAAUGAACAAGAAAUUGUGGAAAAUGUUGAAAACAUUGAUCAAGAAUAUGUUAAUCCACGUGGAAUAAGAUUUACACCUCAAUCCCAAGAAGAAGAAACUUUAAUUCCUUAUGGUUUAGCUUCAGUUCGAGAAUUAUUUCGCUUUUUAAUCAGUCUUUGUAACCCGAUGGAUCGCCAAAACACAGAAGUUAUGACUCAAGUUGGUUUGAGCCUCCUCACGGUUGCAUUCGAGGUCGGCGCAGAUAGCAUCGGGAAAUAUUCAAGCCUCCUAACCCUAGUAAAAGACGAUUUAUGCCGAAAUUUAUUUUCUUUGUUACACAGCGAGCGAAUAUCGGUAUUCGCAGCCGAUUUACAAUUAUCAUUUUUGAUGUUUGAGUCGUUACGAACCCACUUAAAGUUCCAACAAGAAUUUUAUUUAACUAAAUUAAUUGAAAUUGUUGUUUCGGAAUCGGUUAAAGUCACUUAUGAACAUAAAGAGAUCGCUUUAGAUAAUAUAUUGCAAUUGUGGAGAAUUCCAGGGUUAGUUACUGAAUUGUAUUUAAAUUACGAUUGCGACAUGUAUUGUACAAAUUUAUAUGAGGAUUUGACGAAAUUGUUGGCGAAAAAUGCGUUCCCAGUUACCGCUGGGAUUUAUAACACGCAUUUAUUAUCAUUGGAUGCUUUAUUAACGGUUAUUGAAAGCAUCGAGGGUAAUUGUAACCUUAAAAGUGAUGAUGGGGAAUGUUUUGAUGAUCAAAAUAAAGUUAUUAAUAGCAAUUCUAGGCAACAAUUAUCCGAAAAAGUACCCACGAGACAAGAAUUAUUAUCUAUUAAAAAUAUUAAAAAGUGGUUACCAACUGGUACAGAAUAUUUUAAUUUAAAACCGAAAAAAGGAAUACAAUUUCUUCAGGAGCACGGCGUUUUAAAACCGGAACUCGACUCGGAGGAGAUCGUAAUUUUUCUGCGUGAAAAUCCGAAUUUGGAUAAAAAAAUGAUCGGGGAAUUCAUCAGUAGUCGCAAUAACCUGCAAGUGUUAGAGGCGUUUGUGAAAAUGUUCGAUUUCACCGACACCCGAAUCGAUGAGGCUCUCCGACAGUAUUUAGAAACUUUUAGGUUACCCGGAGAAGCGCCCCUUAUAUCACUGAUAUUGGAACAUUUUGCGGAACAUUGGCAUAAAUGUAAUGGGGAACCUUUUGCUGAUGCGGACGCCGCUUUUACGUUAGCCUACGCGAUCAUCAUGUUAAACGUUGAUCAACACAACCAUAAUGUGAAGAAACAAAGUGUUCCGAUGAGACCGGAAGAUUUUAAGAAAAACUUAAAAAAAGUUAAUGGAAACAGCGAUUUCGAUCAGGAUAUGUUGGACGAUAUCUAUAACGCUAUAAAAAAUGAAGAAAUUGUGAUGCCAGCCGAACAAACGGGAAUAGUUAAAGAAAAUUAUUUAUGGAAAGUAUUAUUAAGACGUGGAUCAUCAAAAGACGGCGUUUACAUUCACGCUAAUUCCGGGCUAUACGACCGUGAUUUAUUCCAAUUAAUAUGGGGGCCCGUUUUGUCAGCUUUAUCAUUCGUUUUCGAGCGUUCUGAAGACCCCUUUAUCUACAAACGUGCAAUAACCGGUUUCGAGCGUUGCGCUUACAUCUCAUCCCAUUUCGGUUUAACCACAAAUUUAGACAUGUUAGUUUUAACGUUAUGUAAAUACACCUUUUUAAACAACCAACCGAAAAACACGAAUUUAUCGGUACAAUUAGGGAUGAAUCAAAAAGCUCAAUUAGCUUUAAAAAGCGUUUUUAAUUUAAUCCAUGAGCACGGUGCGAAUUUACGAGAAGGUUGGAAAAAUGUUUUUGAUUUAAUAUUAACUUUAUACACCGGAAGUUUAUUGCCUAAAUUAUACGUUGAAGCGGAAGAUUUUAUUGAAGCUAGUGGAAAGAUUAUUUUAAUUUUUAAAGACGUCCAAUCGACGUUGCAAAAACAAGAAUCGGGUUUAUUUAGUUCUUUAUAUUCGUACAUGGUUUCAUCGGAAAAUUUAUCUCGAUUACCGUCACAAGAAGAACAAGAAUACACAGACAUCGCAAAAUCAUGCCUAAAAGAAUGCAAUUUAGAACAAAUCAUAAGCGAUUCGAAAUUUUUACACGAAGAAUCGCUAAUUGAGCUGGUUAAAUCGUUAAUUGAGUUAUCACGAGGACCUGAAUAUCAAAAACAUUUAGGUUACGUAUACAACGAGAACGUAGCCGUAUUUUUCUUGGAGUUACUUUUAAAAAUCGUGAUUCAAAACCGUGAUCGAGUGAUGAAGAUAUGGCAAACGGUUCGAGAUCACCUUUAUACAGUUUUAAUGAACGCUUCGCAUUGUGAUUAUCAAUUUUUAUUGGAACGAAGCGUUAUUGGACUUUUAAGAUUAGCAAUUCGGUUGAUGAGGAACGAAGAAAUGUCAGCAACCGUACUCCAAUCGUUACGAAUGUUGCUUUUAUUAAAACCGGCCAUUUUAUUUCGAAUAUCCAGGCAAAUUUCGUUCGGUUUAUACGAACUAUUAAAAACUUCUGCCCAAAAUAUUCAUACAAAAAAUGAUUGGUCGAUUAUUUUUACUUUGUUGGAAUGUGUUGGAGCUGGAGCUCAACUUCCUAAACCGGUGGCGGACGAGAAUCAAGUCGAUUUGGGGACGAAAUCGGAGGGUGAAGGUCCGGUUAGUAGCGAAGAGGAAUCGGUUUCAGAUCGGGGGUACACUUCUGAUUCGGAAUUAAGUAAAAGUCCGAAAUUUAAUGGGCAUCGAUCGACUAGUCCGGUUAUUGUACCACCACAAAUAGUCCCCCCACCUCAAAAUAAUUCUGGAGGAUGGAUUUUGGUUGGAAAUGAAGGUGAUGUUCAACCGGUUGUUGGAAGAACUUUACCACCAAAUCAAUACGGUUUAGCAUUAGACAGAAAUUUAGGACCCCACGAUAAAAGCGGUCUUGUAAAAUGCUGCGAAAGUUUAGCGUUUUUAGUGCGCGACGUCGCCCAUAUCACCCCAUACAAUUUCGACGAUUGCGUACAUUGCAUAAGAACGUUCGUCGAAGCCAGUUUACACGGAGUGAAAAGAACGCGAAGAAAUUCCAAAAGAGAAUCACGCCCCAGACGAAAACCAAGACAAAGACCUCAUUAUAGCCCGGUUAGUAGCCCUGAUGAAGACACCGAAUCGGAUGAGGAAAAUUUGCCGAGCGGUUAUCAUCAAGUUUGUAUUCAAUUAUUAGAUUUAAUGCAUACAUUACAUACUAGAACGGCCCAAAUUUUCCGUUGGUGGGCUGAAGAAGGCGGCGAAUUAACCCAAGAUAUGUCGUUGUGGACGCAAGGUUGGUGUCCCUUACUUCAAGGGAUAGCUAGGUUAUGUUGUGAUACUCGAAAACAGGUUCGUUUAAGCGCAAUUUCUUACUUACAACGAGCACUUUUAGUGCAUGAUUUACAAACCCUCUCCGCUCCAGAAUGGGAGGCUUGCUUCCACAGAGUUUUAUUCCCUUUAUUAAUGCAAUUAUUGGAACCAAUUGGAACAAGAGACCCCAUAGCUGUUGAGGAAACCCGGAUGCGAGCCGCGACCGUUUUAUCGAAAGUGUUCCUCCACCAUUUAACCCCCUUAUUAUCGUUACCAACGUUCGGGAAUUUAUGGUUAACUAUUUUGGAUUUUAUGGAUCGAUACAUGCAUGCGGAGAAUAGUGAUGUGUUAUUCGAAGCCAUUCCUGAGUCUUUGAAGAAUAUGUUGUUGGUGAUGGAGUCGGCGAAAGUUUUUGAGGGCGCAGAAGGACGAAAUUUGUUGUGGAUGCAAACUUGGGAUAGAAUUAAUAAGUUUUUACCAAAUUUAAAGGAUGAAUUGUUUAAAGAAAGAGAGGAAAUUAAAAAUAUUGAGUCUAGUAAUAAAAAUAUACAAAUAGAACAACCUUCACAAAUCGAAGAAUCAACACCUAAACCAACUCAACAUAACAUUGAAAACGCAACGAGAUCUAGUAUUAUCUUACAACCAACCCAAAACGUGUUAAAUUCACCUUUAUUUGCCCAUUUGGGACAGAUGGUUUCAACACCAAUAGGGCCCCCAGAAACUCAACAAACCACAUCAAAUCAACAAUCACCAAUUAAGCUGAAUCAAAUAAACAUAACCUCAAUACCAAACAGUCAAGGUCACACUUUUCCGAUUUUGUACAACUCCCAAGAGGUUCAACCAUCAUCGCUUUACACCGAGUACAUACAGAACCCGUAUAACUUAAAUUUACAAGCAAAUGAUAACAACUUCAUGUACGGUAACGUUGGGACGGUAAAUUUGGUGCAAAAUUUGAGUCAAAAUCAAGAUCAAUCGCAAAUAAGUAACGAAAACGUGUUCCAAUCUGCAAAUUAUUUCUGUAAAGACCCCCAACAACAAGGUUUUAUUCCACCAGGGUCUGAAAUUUUGUACCAAAACGUGUCUACCAUCGAAAGUGACUUAAAAUGAAAAUGUUAAUUAAUUAUUACCUGAAUGUAGAUGUAUAUUUAUUGUAUUAUAAUCAAAUUAACGUUGCAUUUUGUUGUUCUCCACCAUUUGAAAUUAAUUAAUUAAGUUAAAAUGACAGAUGAAAGAAUUUUAAACCAGAUUGUAUAUUUUUAUUUUUCUUGUUAUUGAAAUUGUAUAUUAAUUAAUGAAAUCAAUAAAAAUGAGUAUUUUAUCUGUGUA